AUGGAAGAUGGUGACAUCCCACCAUUUUGGCAACCACCAGCCACCUUAACACGGCGGAACCGACAUCGAUCAUCGUCUCCGAUACUAAACUCAUCUCUACUCAUCAUUCUCCUACCCUCCAUCGCCCUCCUCUUCACCGUCUUCAUAAUUAUCCCUAGCAUACACAAAAUUCUACCGAUAACAAACAACACCAAUAAUACUCAAAAUCAGAAAUCUAUAUCAGUCAAAAAGAGUUGGGACUUGCUCAACAUUACUCUAGUCCUCUUUGCUAUCUUAUGUGGCAUUUUCGCCAAACGAAACGAUGAUCCAUCAUCCAUCACAACAAUUGAACGUGAUGAACAUGUCCAACAACAUCCCACACAAACUCGUAGUACUAGUACGACUACUAGUACUACUACUGGUUCACUACGAAGGAGUAAAACAAUGAUGCACAACUACAAUCAUUCAUCAACAAGCGUACCACAAUGGUUCGAGUACUCGCAGCAGCAGAGGAUCACUACAUCUCCUACAAACACUCCUCAACCGGAUACCGGCAUCUCCCGGUUACGCCGGACAGUUAGCUCUGAUCCUUACAUGAAGUAUACUAACAAUAAUGAUAAUCAUAAUAAUACCAAGAAUACCCAGUUCCGGUUUUUCGAUGAUCUCGACAUCAGUAGAUUUUAUCCUAAAGAUGAAGAGUAUAAACCUCAACUUGCUGAGGCUACAAUGUCACCGCCGGAAUUCGAAAAAACUCCGGUAAAGGAUAUCGGAGUCGAUAAUUCUGAAUUACGAAAUAGAGGAGAAUCACAAUCGCCGACAUUCUCUCCGCCGCAAACACCGCCGCGAAAUCCACCAGCUCCGUCUCCUCCUCCGCCACCGCCGCCGCCUCCGGCGAAGCAGAGACGAACAUUCCAGACGAUUCCUCGAAGAGAGCAGGUUCCGCCAUCUCCGCCACCACCUCCUCCACCGCCACCUCCGCCGCAGAUGCCACGUGGACGGGAGGAGAAGAGGAGAAGUUCGCGAAAGCGAAUGAACGCAACGAAGGAGAUCGCAACAGCAAUUGUUCAUCUCUACAGUCAACGCAAGCGAAAACGACGACAAAAAUCGCAGAAACCAACCAGAAAUUUCGAAGAUUUUUCAUCGGAAAAUCGAUCGCAAUUCUUUCCUCCGCCGUCACCGCCGCCUCCUCCUCCGCCAUUACCACCGCAUCCGUCAUCUGCUUUCAAAAGCUGGUUCAAAAAAGGGAGCAAAACAAAGAAGAUUCACUCGUUUUCCUCCAUACCUAAACCUCCACCACCGCCGAUUCGGCAAAAACCGGCGAACUCCGACGGAAAACCGCCAUUACCGGCGAGGAGAGAUACCGGAGUGCCUCCACCACCGCCUCCGCCUCCGUAUAAGGUAAGGCCGGAGAUCAUCGAUGGAGAUGAAGCGAUGAGUGAGAUGAACGGUGGAGAUGGAGAGAGAGUGAGUUCGGUGACGUGUCCGAGUCCAGAUUUGAAUGUGAAGGCUGACUCGUUCAUUGCAAGGCAUCAUGAUGGGUGGAGGCUUGAGAAGCUUAAUUCUUGGAGAGAGAAACUCAACAAGGCUGGUAAUGGGCCCACUUUUUAA